AGAUUUCAUGAGGUUCUUGUCUUCAAAACUCUGGAAAUACUAGAGACUGCAUCAUCUUAGAAAGAUCUGGGCAGGAUACAGUUUGUUCCCUUUUAGAAGUUUGAAAAUGAUUAAGAUCGCAGUUCGCGAGAUUAGAAGUAACGAUGGAUGGAAAGGAAUUUGAAGAAAAUGUUGUCGUCUUCGAGCAAAUAUUUCCAAAGAUUUUGUGUCUGAGAUGAGAGUGUUUUCACCUGGAGGAUAUUUUUAUGAAAAAUUACAUUAGAUUUUCAAGAAUAUAUUGGAAAACUGUGAUGGACUUAGAUUAAGACUUUUGGAGCAGUAUCAGACAGCUGUCUUGCUUAUGUUCUAAAACUUUUAUCGAGACUGAAAAUUGUUGAGAUGAUAAAAUUAAAGAAACGUUCUUUGUCGCUACCCUCCAAUUUCAAAUUUUGGAGGACUGGAGGCAUUGAGUCAGAACUUGAGGGCGGUAGCGCAGGAGGACUGGGACCAAUCAACAACAAUGACUUACAAGGACCGAAAAGAAAGGGCAGUAUAAAGAAGUGGCUUACGAGUCCGAUCCGAAAACCCAGUGGGAAGGGUGCAGAAAGAAUAGAGACACCUAACAGAACAGCAAAUAGUGGCUCAGGAAGGGGUAGGAGACAAGAUCAAAAGGGACAGGAGCCAUUCAUUGAAGAAGCUAGUCAAGAAGGAGUAGAAAGGGAAGAGCUUGCUGGAAUCGAUAACGUAGUUCAUGAGGCUUGUGGAGAGACCAUCGACCUGAAGCCGACUGUCCGCGUGACAGACCUCCCCAUUGACGAAGAAGAGGGGGAGGCAGAGGCAGUGCCCCUUCCCCCACCCAUGGAGCUUCAGAAUCAUUCUUCCCUGAUUGGACCCCCCUCAGGUGCUGCCCAUGACAAGAGAGAGGAUAGUGAAAAGGAAACGGAAAAGGGUGGUGAAGAAUGUGCUGAUGGGAAGACAGAUGAGGAAGGUGUUACCAUGACAACUGGCCAACCGGCUACCAUCAAAGAAGAGGAUGAGAAUGAGGUGGAGAAGCCAGAGAAUCAAGAAGGAGAAGGUGCAGAAGAAGAGACACCGGCAGAACCAGAACCCGAGCCAGAGCCAGAACCGGUCUGUGAGCUUACUGAUGAAGAGAAGGCAGCAAAGAAGAGAGAGGAAGCUGAAUACAAACUAUCAUUUGUUCUUGAAGAGAUGGUUGUCACAGAGGGAGACUAUGUUGCAGAUCUGGCUAAAGUAGUAGAUGGCUAUCGAGAAGAGAUGAAGAAAGAUGAAACAGAAUUACCAUCAGAAAUGGAGCUUGGAAAAGUAAAGAUUAUCUUUGGAAACAUUCAUCAGAUCUUUGAAUGGCAUAGAGACACAUUCUCCAAGGAGAUAGCCAAGGUCAAAGAAGAACCAGAGAAACUAGGCCCACUCUUCAAAAGAUAUGAGCGGAGAUUACGUAUGUAUGUGGUGUACUGUCAGAACAAACCCAAAUCAGAGUACAUCGUCAACGAGUUUGAGACAUUCUUUGAGGAGUUAAGAGUAAAACUUGGUCACAAAUUGGCCCUCUCUGAUCUACUAAUCAAACCUGUCCAGAGGAUCAUGAAAUACCAGUUACUACUAAAGGACAUCUUGAAACAGUCACAGCGAGCUGGCAUGGAUACUACAGAGCUUGAACAAGCCGUAAACAUCAUGAAAGUCGUCCCGAAGAAAGCUAAUGACAUGAUGGCUAUAAGUAGACUGCAAGGAUGGGAUGGAAAGAUCAAUGCACAAGGGGAGCUGCUUCUACAAGAUACACUCUCAGUGGCAAUAGCAGAUGAAGGAACCCAGAAGUAUAAAGAACGACGGGUGUUCAUGUUUGAACAGAUCAUCAUCUUUGCCGACCAACUGGAGAAGAAGAAGGGCUUCAGUAAUCCAGGUUAUAUCUUCAAACAUAGUAUCAAGGUGAACCAGCUAGUGUUGGACGAUGAGGACGACCCUAUCAAGUUUACACUAAGAGCCAAGGCCAAAGAUGGUCUAGUGCUCAACUGCCAGGCAACUACCCCAGAGAGCAAGAUCAACUGGGUCAAAGAGAUCAGCCAAGUCGUUAAUCAGCAGCAAAACCUCCUGAAAGCACUGCAAUCACCAAUUGCUUACCAGAAAGGACUAGAGGGAGGACAAAGUUUAGGAUUGGAUCCUUUUGGAGCCCCAGAGGGCAAAUCUCCUGGUCCAUCCCCUGCACCGUCCCCUACCUCGCCAAGUGCGGACAAGUCCACCAAACUGCGCAAGGCUGUAUCUCAAAGCAGUGAAGCCCCAACGCAGCUCCAAAAACAACAUAACCUCUUCAGCAGCCUCAAGAGCCGCAAGAACCAGACUGCUCCAGCAGCUAUAUCUCUUAACGAACUCAGAGAGACCAAGAACAAUGCCAAGAAAAAUGACGCAAAGUCUGGUACGCCCACCCAUGAUGAAAAAGGAGAAAAAGGGAAGGACGAUAAGAAGGACAACCAGGCAGGGUCGCCAUCUAUCCGUAGGAAAUUUUUUGAUGGAUUGUUUCAUUCAUUUCGUCCAAGCAAGUCAAGGGAUACGAGCCCGAUGGGAAGCAAGGAGAGUUUGCAGAAGGGCAAAGAGCACAAAGAAGUACCCAGCACUCCUAAAGAGACUGUGGAGAAAGGAAACAAGUCAGUACCGGUGUCAAGUCAUUUGGAUUUAGUGACGACUAACAAUUCAACGACGGAGAACGCUUCGGCGGAAAGUCCGAAGACUAACGCAGCUAAUAAGAGUCCGCUAAUGCGGACGCAAAGUGCAAAUAUUGGAACUGCUGUUAUCAGCAACGAGAAGAUGUCACCAGGGUCAGUUUCAGCCGGCAAUGGUAGUGGGGUCACAAUUGAUAACAAAGCCAAAGGGAGUCCAUUACAUGUGAUAAGCUCCUCCAGCCCGUCUAAAGACAGUGGCGUUUCCGUACGCUCAAAGCGUGCAUCCACAGGUUCGCUACAGAAAGAUAGCGAAAUGAAUGGAAAGGACAGUACAGAAUCACCGUCCAGUCAGAAGAAAGAAGGUCAAACCUCAUCUCCUGCGCGUUCGCAAAUUCCUCAUGGGGUCAUAAAUCGAGAUCAGGCAGGCUCACCCUUCAAUCGAUCAAGCUAUACAUCAGUUUCCAGUUCAGAACUUGACGAUGGAACGUUUAGCGAUCACUGCAUGGCUCCCAUUGUAGAGGACUAUUCAGCAGAGAAAGAGGAUGAGAUCUGUGUUUCCAAGGGUGAGGUUGUUCAGAUCCUGGCAGCCAACCAGCACAACAUGUUCCUGGUGUAUCGAGCAGCGGACAAGCAAUCCCCCGCAAUGGAAGGAUGGAUACCGGGCGAGGUCCUCAACUUCUCCGGCCCCACCCAACACCAGAGCAGGGGAGGGGAUUCACCCGCCCCCGGAGCCGUCGCUGCGACGUCAGCCAAGGACAGCCCCAGCAAUAAUUGUGGUUUUGUUUACAGUUCUGAGGAGGAAAUUAGGUCACUGAGUUCAAGCUCAGAUCCUCAUGAUAUUGGAACUGAGUUGCCAAAUUCUCACUCAAAUCUCCAAAAUAUUGAAAAUGAGCCAUUGACUUCUUGCUCAGAUCCCCUGCAUGCCAGAACUGAGUCCCCAGGCUCUUACUCAAAUAUUCAAGAUAUUGAAAUUGAGUCACUGCGUUGUUUGAAUCACCAAGAUACCGAAACUGAGGUGCCAAAUUCUUACUUAAAUUUUCAAGAAAUUGAAAAUGAGCCACUGAGUUUUUGCUCAGAUUCCAAACAUGUUAGAAAUGAGUCCCCAGGUUCUUGCUCAAAUCACCAAGAUAUUGAAAGUGAGUCAUUGAGUAUUAGCUCAGAUUCCAUACAUGUUAGAAUUGAGUCCCCAUGUUCCUGCUCAAAUCAUCAAGAUAUUGAAAUUGAGUCAUUUGGUUCUUGUUCAAAUCAGCAUAUACCAGAUUUUGAUACUGAGCUACUGAGCUCUUGCUCAAAUCUCAAAGAUAUAGAACUUGAGACACUAAUUUCGUGCUCAAAACUUCAAGAUAUCAAAAUUCAGUCAUCAAGUUCUUUCUCAAAUCUCCAAGAUAUUGAAAAUGAGUUAAUGAGUUCUUGCGCAAAUCUCCCAAACAUUAAAACUGAAUCGGCAAGUUCUUGCACAAAUCACCAAGACGUUGUAACCAAGUCCCAAUAUUCUUGUUCACAUUCUCACGAGAUCGCGGACUUCUUGAAUAAAUUCCAAACUGAGGACGUAAUGUCAAAGCCUGUAGGGUCGGUCCGACUCAGCAGAGCCAAGAGAGGAUCGUUGCCAAAUUUUUCUGAGGUUACACCACAAGAUCACGACAUCCUUCAUGAUACAUAUUCUCCCCUGUCACCCUAUGGCCACAGUAUCAGUUUUGAAGAGUUGUUCAGUCCAGAUUUCUACCAAAAUUGGAAUUCACGUAGUUUGGGGUUGCCUGCAUUUGACUCUCCUAGGGCUAAAAGUCAGGAGCUUCCUCGCUCUGAAGAAAAUGCAAAAGAAAGACACUUUGAUGAACAGGAUACGAGGGAUAUUUGUGAAAAAUUUUGUUGUGAGUCUCAAAGCAGUAAAGAAAGUGUAGAAAGACAAUCAUAUACUGAUCAUGUAGAUCGCCAUCCAAUAGAAAAUUUGUACCAGAAUUAUAUGAAAGAAUAUCUGUACUCCUCUUUCGAUGUAGAGACAUCAUCUUGUGAAGACGAAUUAAACACUGGCGAGAGUUGUAUUGAAGAGAUGGGGAAGGAAACCACUUUCUUGCUUACUAGUGGCAACCCGAAAGAACUAGUAAUGCCUGUCCAGGAACUAAUUCAAACCGGUUUUGAUCUAGAACCAGAGGACUCGAUAUCUGAAAACCAAGAAUCCAAGAAAAGUUGUUUAUCUAAUAGACCAACAGAACCUGAAGACUCAAUGUCUGAAACCCAAGAAUCCAAGAAAAGUUGUUUAUCUAAUAAACUAACAGAACCAGAAGACUCAACAUCUGAAAACCAAGAACCUAAGAAAAGUUGUUUAUCUAAUAAACUAACAGAACCAGAAGACUCAAUGUCUGAAACCCAAGAAUCAAAGAAAAGUUGUUUAUCUAAUAAACUAACAGAACCAGAAGACUCAACAUCUGAAAACCAAGAACCUAAGAAAAGUUGUUUAUCUAAUAAACUAACAGAACCAGAAGAAUCAAUAUCUGAAAACCAAGAACCUAAGAAAAGUUGUUUUAUCCAAUAGAUUGACAGAGUCUACAAACAGUGAAGAAAGUUUUGCACUGGUAUCUCACACUACCCUAAGAUGGAAUAAAGCAGUUUUAAUUAUCCAAGAACAAAUUCAAACUACUUUUUCAUUUCUGAGCAAGAACCAAAGGACUUGAUAUUCAAGAAAUAAUAAUCAUGGAAGGGUUGUUUUAUCCAAUAUAGUUAUUGAGAAAAUCAUUGCAUUUUGGAAUGUGAUACGGUAGAUUGACAUUCCAAACCUGAAUAUUUCAUGUAUAUCGAUUUGGUGGUGAGAAUUAUGUUCACCUUAAUGAAGAUGAACAAAGAUAUAUUCAAUGUUCACCAUAUGAUAUAACUUUUCUAUGAUUUUAUGAUUUUUUUAUCAUCGGUAACAUACAAAAUUGCUGGAAACUAUGAGGGUUCAUGUGAUGUAAUCCAUCUGUAUAGUACAGUUAUUCAUAUAUCCCCCUAAAUAGCUUGGGCAUUAAGAAAAGGCAAAACAUUUGCUUUCAAUAGGUAUUGGGCAUUUCAAAAUAUGUUGCCCCAUUUUAAUUCACAUCGUUCCAUUUCGAAACAUGAUGUGGGACUACUCAUGAUGAUAUAUUUUUGAAUUCAUCCUUAUUGGAGAUUUACUAUCACCGGUUCCAUUUUGUUGUCUUUUUUUUUUUGUUUUUUUUUUGUUGUUAUGUUAUGUAAUGUUUUUGUUUCAUCUAUCAGAGUCAGUCAGUUAUUCCAUCCGGAUCUGCAAUAUACGAAUGUAGAUUAUUGGUCAUGUUCAUGCUUAUGAUUUAUCCCAGUUAACCAUGAAAUAUUGAUAUUUCUUUUCUGGCCACCAUAGAUUUGUCAGAGUUAAUGGUUGGGUGGUGGUAGAUCAUUUGGUCACAAUUUCAUCCUCCAUUUACAUGAUGUUCGGAUAUUCAAGUUGAGUGGAGGGAUAUUAUUUAGAGCAUCAGUUUAACCAUUCAAACUAUAGCAUAUCUCGGUCUAUAGUAACUGGAGUGAAAUUUUCUCCCAUUUUAUUACCUUUUUAACGUGUUCUUAUACCUAUGGAAAACCUAGAUGAACAAAACCAAAGCAUUUUUUUUUCUUCAUGCGUCACCUUUUCACAUAAAAGGUUCCUUGGUAAAUAUCAUAACAACAUGAAUGUCUACAUUGAAAAAAUUUACCAACAUAGUUACAUAGUUCACUAAAUUAUCAACAAAAUCGCAGCAUGGGGAAAUCUGAAAAAAAUGACACAAGGAAUGAAGAUAUUUCAAUUUCAUCAGGUGAUGGAUGGAUCAUUCAAUUUGAUAUGCUUACAAUCAUCUAACUUCAUAUGGAAGAUGAACAACUUUACAUUUUCUGAUGAUUUCUAUACUUAUACAAUGAGAGUCAAAAAUGAAUUCUAGUAGCUGAAAUAGUAAUCUCAUUCAUCAUUCAAAUUCUCAUAUGCUCCUUGCACUCAAAGAAAUACUGAUUUGAUGAAAGCACUGCUGGUUAAUCAGCCAUUCAAAAUAUAUAUGCACUCAUCUGUUUUUACUUUAUUUAGGGAUCCUUGUGAUAUUUUAUAGUGUGUAUAGCAGAGGAAAUAUACCCUUUCAUUUGAAUAAUUCUAUCUUUAAAUUGAUAAUCUUUGAUGAAUAUUGUUCUUGCUCAAAAAACAGUAAAGCAAACCUUUUACAACUGUUUCCACUCAUUGUGUGUUGAUUGAAAUGUACAUGUAACUGAUUAACUUUUUUUGUGGAAUAUGGUCUCACCAAAAUUGUGAAAAGGGGCACGUGUCUAAGAUGGCAAAAACGUAUUAAAAACAAACCAUGUAUGUUGCACUCAAACAAGUAAGAACAACUUUUAUGUGUGAUGUAUCAACAUGAAUAUAUCUGCACUGUAGAUUAUCUGAUUGUACAUACUUUGAUGUAUUGGAUUUAGUCUAGAUAUAAAAUAUGUAUUAUAGGAUGUACAGACCCUCUUUAUUUGAUUAGAACAUUCUUUAUAUCCCUAGAUGGGUUUUCUCUUAAUCGUACUGUCGGGUGAUUUUAAGAGAAGUUUAGAGAAGAAAUUUGGUAUGCCAGCAUUGAUUUGUUCCUCACUCUGGGCCAUAUUUCAAGACAUUUUAAUCUGUACAGAAUUUGAAUCAAAGCACUGUCUUUAUUGUUGAGUUGCUACACAUUAGCACCAAUGGCAAACUGUUUGGUACAUGUAGGUAAUCAAUGAAUAUGUCAUUGUUCUCCUCCGUUGAUGGGAUUUUUCUUUUCAUUUUUUGUUUACCAGCUUAAUAAUAACAUUUCAUCACACCUUGGUGUAUACAAACUAUUUAGGGAUUAUUGACUCCCUUUUACCAGUUAUACAAACAAUAUUUGGUAUACUUGGAGAAUGAUUUCUGGGAGAAAAGCAUUUCAUUCGUUCAGUGUAAGAUUCACUAACUGUUUAAGUCAUUAUCAAGAAGCUGUUAACCAAUCAAAUUUCUGGAAAUUGAUUUUAAUCUCACUUGUAAAUGAUUUUAGCUGUUAGUGAUCACUCCCAGACUACCAGAAUUCUUCAAUUUAUAAUAGUUAUACUUGUAGACAUUGGAAGGGAUGAAGGAGCAUGCUCUCUUUGUUUAAGUAUUGUUCCAUUAAAGAUUCUUAUUGUCAAAAAGGCCCAGCCUUGAUGCUUGGUGCAAGAAAUACACAGCUUCAAACAGAACAAAAUAAAUCUAAUAUAUUCAUUCUUUCACUUUUGUAUAUUUCACCUUCAUCAAAGGUGAUGUAUGGUAAUAGCGUUCAGACUGAAAAUAUUAUACUUUUUAGGUAUAAGAGCUCUUGCACUAUACUUUUGUUUUUUUGGUAAUUUGUUUGGCAAUUGUAAAAAGUUGAAAUUUGCCCAGCAUGAGUUACUCGCUAUAUAGUGAAUGGAACUUAAUCAUUAUAUAUCAUAUUGUAGUGCAAGAAUGAGAGUACUGAGAGACUGGAUUUAUUUUUACACUUUAUUUAUAUCUAGCAUAUACAUAUGAUCAUACUAUUAGCUAAAUAUUUGUAAGCAUGUUACAUAGUGUGUGCUAAUAUUUCAGUCCCUUUAUGCUAGUACUACAUAUUGAGAACUAGAUAACGGAACUUUCAUUGCAAAAAAAGGAAAAAAAAUCUUCUUAAAGGUUUGCCGAGUUUGUUACUCAAAUACGAGGUAUUGUCAUUUUUAUUUUUCCUCUCUAUCACUUUAUAUACAUAAUCUCUUGUUGACUUUCUUGUACAAAAUGUUAAUAAGGUACAAAGCUAGAUUAAAAAGAUACUGUGACAAAGUGUGUACAAUAAUGAAAAAUACUAUGUAAAAGAACAUAAGUACAAAAAAAUUAAUGUGAAUUUUAAUUGAUACUUCUAUGGCUAUCUCUCUUGUUAUAUUCAAUUGAUUGUAACUUUUUUUUUCUCUCUUGUGUGUUCAAGAUUAAUUAAUUAUAUUCUGUGAAAUGGCAGAACUGUUGUGUUUUUUUUCUUCUCUUUAUGACGAUACAAAAAUGAUGGAGACAUGCAGAGUUGUAGAUGAAUUUAAAGUGGAGAUGAUGGUGACAAAGAGAAAGACAUAUUAUGAUGAUUAUUGUUAUUAUAAGUUUGACACCAAUCGUAAGAUUGUGUAUUCAAUGUCUGGAUGCAAAAAAAUAUAAUAUUAUUGGAAAAAUAAAGAUGGAAAAAAAAUGAUGA